AAAGCCCGUGAUAAACACCCGCAGAAACAGGGCUUGGUUCUGUCAGACUUCAUCCACAUAAAAGCCCAGGCUGCCAUUGGAGAGUCCGUUGGAAAGAGCGAACAAGACGCAGACGCAGGAGAUAUCGCAGGAAGGCGCCGACGAAACGCAGUGUCCAUCACUUCAGCUGAUGUAACCAGACAGCUUAUGUUGGAGUUAGUUAUUUUACAAUAGCAACUUGGUCAAAAAAAGACACAAAAGAAGGAGAGAAAAUGGGACAUUCCGCAAUACCUAUAUUGAUGGCUGUAUUGUCCUACUGCGUUUGGGAGAACGUCGAGGCUCUGGCCAUGACCGAGGUGAACGGGCCGGGCCCCCAGGUGAUAGAGCCACAGAUUGCCAUGUUCUGUGGCCGCCAGCUCCUGCACAUGAACCCACAGAAUGGCCAGUGGGAGCCGGAUCCUCAGGGCCGCAAGGACUGCUUCAAAGAGCCCAGCGAAAUCCUGUCCUACUGUCAGGAGAUGUACCCAGCUCUUCCAAUCUCCCAUGUAGAAGAGUCAAAAAGUCCUGUCACCAUCUCCUACUGGUGUAAGAAAGGCUGGGGCCACUGCCAGACACGCCCCUUCAUAGUCGUGCCCUACCGCUGUCUAGAGGGCGAGUAUGUGAGCGAGGCCCUGCUGGUUCCUGACCGAUGCCGUUUCCUCCACCAGGAGCAGAUGGAUGCCUGUGAGAGUUACGUGUACUGGCACAACAUUGCCAAGGAGGCAUGCACUGCAGACAGUCUGGAGCUCCACAGCUAUGGGAUGCUUUUGCCAUGUGGAGACCAUUUCCGGGGUGUCGAGUAUGUGUGUUGCCCAGGCAGAGGGAGCUCCAGUGGCAAAGGAGAUACAGAGGAAAGAGAAAUCCCCGCUGGUCCUCAAACAUUCACAUCCCAGACCAGUGGAAAACUCAAUUCUGUCGUCAAAGUGACAGCCCCCACUCCGAGCCCUUCUCCCGACACAGACAUGGACGAAGCCGAUAUGGAAGAAGAAGAUGAUGAGGUGGUGGAGGAAGAGGAGGAGGAAGAGGAGGAGGAGGAAGUUGAUGAGGAGGAGGUGGAAGAGGAGGAGGAGGAGGAGGAGGUGGCAAUAGCUGUGAAAGACCCAGAGGAGUAUGAGUAUCCGAUUGACUCAGGUCCUUACCAGAUGUCAGACUAUCUGGACUCCUACUACGAGAAAAGCAACAAACCCACCACCUCGGUACCUCUGAUGAGGGGAGACAGCUUGACUACACCUCGCCCCACAGAUGGUGUUGAUGUUUAUUUUGAGAAGCCAGUGGAUGACACUGAGCAUGCCAACUUUCUGCGUGCCAAAACAGACCUGGAGGAGCGAAGAAUGAAGAGCAUCAAUGAGAUCAUGAAGGAAUGGGCAGAGGCAGACAACCAGUCAAAGAAUCUGCCAAAGUCAGAGCGACAGGCCCUUAACGAGCACUUCCAGUCUGUGCUGCAGACGCUGGAGGAGCAGGUUGCUGGUGAGAGGCAGAGGCUCGUGGAGACUCAUCUUGUCAGAGUAGAGGCCAUACUCAACAACAAUCGUCGCCUGGCCCUGGAGAAUUACCUGACUGCCGUACAGUCUGAUCCCCCUCAGCCGGAGCGUGUGCUGCAGGCUCUGAAGCGAUACAUGGCUGCAGAGCAGAAGGACCGCAGGCACACACUCAGGCAUUACCAGCAUAUUGUGGCUGUCGACCCCCAGAAGGCUGAGCAGAUGAAAUUCCAGGUGUACACACAUCUCCAUGUGAUCGAGGAGAGGAUGAACCAGAGUCUUGGACUGCUAUACAAGGAUCCUACCUUAGCAGAGGAGCUUCACAAUGAUAUCCAAGAGCUGGUCAAGGCAGAACGAGGAGACAUCAGUGAGCUCAUGACCACUUCCUUCUCUGAGACCCGCACUACUGAGGAGCUUUUGCCUGCUGAGAGCGAGGAGGAGAAGGAUGAUGAGGAAGAAGAGGAGAGAGCCUUCCAAAAUAGGCCUUAUCCUCCACACAUUGAAGUGCAGUCUAAUAAGAAAGUGUCUGCAGUAGAUGAAUAUGAUUAUACCACAUCUGAGAGAGGCCCUACUUAUGAAUAUGAGGAAAAGAUCAACACUUCUGCAGAGCUCAAGCAGGUAGUCUAUAAGCCUGCUGAGAUCGAGAGAGAUGAACUGCAACCUGAUGCCUUGGAGACGUUUAACCGUGGCGCCAUGGUGGGGUUGCUGGUGGUGGCCGUGGCGAUUGCCAUGGUGAUGGUAAUUAGCCUGUUGCUGGUGCGCAGGAAGCCGUACGGCACUAUCAGUCAUGGCAUUGUAGAGCAGGUCGACCCCAUGCUGACUCCAGAAGAACGACAGCUCAACAAAAUGCAAAACCACGGCUAUGAAAACCCCACUUACAAAUUCUUUGAACAGAUGAACUGAGACACUGGGGCUGCCAACAAGUCAUGCCCGAGUCCAACCACUUGUUUUGUCCCUCUACUCUUCCUUACAGUGGUCUCCCAGCCACACUCCCUGUGACGGAUUUAUGAUGUGUUGCAAAUAUAAAAUAACUGAAUAAGUACGGGAUACAUCCCAAACCC